ACCCUCAUGAAUCUGCCCUCUUUCUCCCUUUCCUAAAUCUUAAUCGAUCAUCAUAAUUUCAUCUCAUUAAGCCUAAAAUUUCUAUGGAGUUUGGUGUUCAUUGUGAUGUUAAUGGUGGCAUGGUACUGAACUCGGUCCAAGUAGAGGCUAGAAGCAUGGAAAAUGAAAAUGAAACAGUAGAAAAUCCUGUUGAAGGAACUUUUCAACAGGUAUUGAAUGAGAAAAUGGAGCAAACUUCUCCAGGAAUGGAAGACAUCCCAGAGGGUAUUCCAGCUGAUGAGCCUUAUGUGGGUCAGGAGUUUGAAUCCGAGGCAGCUGCACAUGCUUUCUAUAAUGGAUAUGCCACAAGGGCGGGAUUCGUCAUUCGGGUAAGCAAACUUUCCCGUUCAAGGCGUGAUGGAUCUGCUAUCGGUAGGGCACUUGUUUGUAACAAAGAGGGUUUUAGAAUGCCUGACAAGCGAGAAAAAAUUGUGAGGCAAAGGGCAGAAACAAGGGUUGGGUGCAGGGCGAUGAUUUUGGUGAGGAAAGUUAUUUCUGGUAAAUGGGUUGUCACCAAAUUUGUGAAGGAGCACACUCAUCCUCUGUCUCCUGGAAAAGGUCGGAGGGAUUGCAUUUAUGAUCAGUAUCCGAAUGAACAUAACAAAAUCCGAGAAUUAACGCAGCAGUUGGCCAUGGAGAAAAAGAGAGCUGCAACUUAUAAAAGACAUCUAGAGUUGAUAUUCGAGCAAAUUGAGGAGCACAAUGAGAGUCUAUCAAAGAAGAUCCAACACAUAGUGGACCGUGUGAAUGAAAUGGACAACAAAGAGCAUCAGAGCCGCGUAUAGUUCGAGUAAUGUUGUUGGGUAUGUAAUCAGGUGCGAAUUGUGUAAGGUCUGGUGGCUGUGAAAUAUAGGGUUUAUACCAAUUCAUUAGAAUAUCCCUUGUAUAAUUAUGCUUCCACAGGGUUUAUACCAAAUCAAAUUAGGUCAGUCAAUGUACAGUUUUUGGGGCUGCAGUUUGUGUGAAGGGUUCAAAUAUAAUUUCCAUUGUGGACUUUUAUUAAUUCAUUAAAUUAUUUCAUUUAA